AUGAGCGCAGAGGGUGUGGCUCCAGGACUUCAGGUGGCUGAUAAGAGAGCUACCAUCUUCGUUAUCAUCUUGCUCCUUUUGUGCCUGGUGGCAUUGGUGGGUAACGGCUUAAUCACUGCAGCGCUGGGCAUGGAGUGGUUGCUGCGAAGAACACUGUCACCCUGCAAUAAGUUACUGGUCAGCCUGGGGGCCUCUUGCUUCUGUCUUCAAUGGGUGAUGAUGAGCAAGAACCUUUAUAUUUUCCUGCAUCCGAUGGCCUUCCCGUACGACCCGGUAUUCCAGUUCCUAGCCUUUCAGUGGGACUUCUUGAAUGCUGCCACGCUCUGGUUCUCCACCUGGCUCAGCGUCUUCUACUGUGUGAAAAUCGCCACCUUCACCCAUCCUGCCUUCCUCUGGCUAAAACGGAAUGUGUCGGGGUUGGUCCCAUGGAUGCUGCUCAGCUCUGUGGGUUUCUCCAGCCUCAGCACCAUUCUUUUCUUCAUAGGCAACCACAGAAUAUAUGAGAACUAUUUAAAGAGGGGUCUGCCAUCCUGGAAUGUCACUGGAAAUGCUCUGAGGCGAUCCUAUGAGAGGUUCUACUUCUUCCCUUUGAAAAUUGCUACCUGGACCGUCCCCAGCAGUGUCUUCGUCGCCGGCAUGGUGCUGCUCCUCACAUCGCUGGGGAGACACACCAAGAAGGUCUUCCUGUUCAUCUCAGGCCUUCGUGAUCCCAGUGCCCAGGCACACGUCAAGGCUCUCCUGGCUCUCGUCUCCUUUGCCGUCCUCUUCAUCUCCUACUUUCUGUCACUGGUGCUCAACGCGGUGGGUGUGUUUCCAUCCCAGGAGCUCAGGUACUGGCUUGGGCAAACGCUGAUUUAUCUGUGCACAGCCGUCUACCCCAUCGUUCUGCUCUUGAGUAACCGCAGGCUGAGAGCUGUGCUAGCGAGGGGCUGCUCCCCCAUAUUAGGGGGCCUCUUGAGGUGGCACUGA